GGUGCAAAAGUACAUCUGCGCCGCCCAGGCAGCACAAAAAGUUGGGAAAGUCCUGACACCGUUACAUCGCUGAAUGCAGCCAUAUCAUCGCCUGUGGAUUAGCAAGCCUGCCUAAUUCAAGAAAGCCACCCGACCUAAAAAACUGGAAUUGUCUGCUCCUCCACUGCCACAGUCAUUGCUGCUCUGCUGCUAGACAAGGACGCUUCAACCACCACUCCCUGAGUACCCUCACACCCCAGAGACCCAGACUCAGCUUCUACAGCCACCUGAAACUUACACUUAACAAGACAUGGAGGGCCACAUGGUGCGGUUUGCCCUGCUUCUGUGCAUCGCUGUUGCGGCCUCUGCCUCAAGUCAGACAUGUGAGCCAAAAAUGGGUAAUGACAACCCAUGGUUCCAUGUGAGAGAGAUGCUAACUGGCUGUUGGACCAACUUCGUCACAGAGGACAAGGCAGAGGUCCACAUCCUGAACUUUGCCGUCCCGGAAGACAAGUUCCUCACUAUUGAGAUGACCAACGCCAAGCCAAUGAACCUUAUCCUCACAACGCAAGACACAGUUUAUGCUCUAUGCCACAUCAACGCCAAUGUUAACAUUUAUAUGAUCAGUAACUCCACAAUUCGCCUGUAUGAUAAUAAAUACAACAACAGUGUCCACAAGCAAGACUUCCCCACUCAAGAUGAGGAGCUGGUCAGGUGGGCAAGACAGAAGUUUGGCGGUGUGACUUCAUUCACCACAGUCCGAAACCUGAAGAAAAUCUCAUCAACAGGAAUAGCAGGAAUCAAACCUGGCGAUGGCUCUCAUUCCUGCAUACUUAAACAUGAAGAUGCGUCAGAGAAGCACUUUGUGAAGAUUGAAACCACAUCUUUGGCCUCUUCAUUCACAUCUUGCUCCCCACAGCAGCAGAGCCCCCCUGAUGAAGCUGAGCUUCAUAUCAUAAAUAUCCCAGAGAAUGCUGGCGCUUGCAAUGUAUCACUUCAGCAGCAGGACAGCAGAAAGAUCAAGGUGUUCUUGAGAGGUCCUCAGGGAACCACAUGGACCAUCCUCAAUCCACAACACACCCAGUUUUUUUCCAACAAUGAAAUCCUGCUGCCUGCCAUGCCAAGAAUCCCAGUUUUGCAUACAUUUAACAAUGACAAUGCAGAGGACGUACAAAGGAAGGCUUUAGAAAGUUUUCAUGUCAGCACUUUCACCAGCUACACCGAAUUCAAACCAGCAGACUCCACAAUUUUACUGGUUCUUGCAAAAAAUGACAACAUUACAGUCACAGAAACAGCAUCAGAACCAGUCAUUCCCAUUACACCUAAUGCCCCUCAUCCGAUGCCUCUGUUGAUGCAGCUGUACACCUCCCCAGAUUACCGUUCUCCCCUGGAUCCUAACACCAAGGUACAGAGUGACAAGAGAAUUUAUGCUGAGAUUUCAGGGCACACUUUUGGGGAUAUUGCCGUGACUAUCAAGGUGAUGAGCUGCUCCAUGCGCUCCAGGGGUUCAUGCCCAGUAGAGAAAGAGCUGCCCUUCAUUCCAGAGGCCUGCUCCUCAAAUUCUUGUCCCAACACCACCCGACUCAGCUUCUCCUUAGAUCAGCUCCAGGAGCUGACGUCCACCACAUGGGACCUGGAAUGCUCCGUCAAAGUAUGCUACAGCGAGAAAUGUGGAGAUGGAGGAAGAGUGAGGAGGAAUCUGGAGGUUACCCAGCCAUGUCUGCAACCACCAACCCCACCAUGCCUUGAUUUUGGCCUACCUGGUGUUCUGGGCAUUGCUUUUGGAGGGUUCCUGAUUGGAGUAUUACUUAUUGGAGCACUGUGGUUUAUCAAAAUUAAAACAGGGUACCCAACUGGACUGGACAUGAGCUCAACUGCAAAUCUUCCUGGAUGUCCCUGCUCAGGAGCAAAACGACAACCAGUUUCUACCAACCCUUCCCCCUCUGAGAACAGCAGUGCCAAUGCUAGCAUUGGAAGCACUCCAAAGCACGCCGAACCAGCAGCAUGGCAUGAGAUUAUGGUAACCUCCACCACCAGCAGGACCACCAUCUCCCGUCAAAGUCAUCUAUACGGGUUUUGUGCUUUUGUUUUCUUUAGUAAUGCUUAAAAAGCAUUUUCCUCCUCCCUGCCCCCUUUGAAUUCUUCAUUAAAAAAAGCACAACCCUUGUCUUUAACACACCAAGCCCGAAAUGGAUGUGAUCUGGGAGUUUGUAAUGGUGGUUGGGAGGCGCGGGAGGGGGGAGGUGCUUGGUGACGGAUAACAUGAAGUCUAAUCAAUGGCUUCUGAAGCUCACCUUUGUAGCCUCUCUGUAAAGUCAAGCUCCUAGACAGGAAGUUAAAGAGGGCAAGAGAAAAAAAAAUAAAUUGGCUCCCAGCAACAGGAAAAACAAACCAUAUCCCCCAAGAGCUAACAGGAAAUUCACUGCAUUCCUUUCAAUGAAUUGUGCUUGUGUGAUGGCAGCACAAUAAUAGUCAGACAGGAGACAAACCAGUCAAGACUGACUUUGAAAAACAGAUGAAAAGCUGUUUUGCAUUCACUUCUAAGCUACAAAAAUACGAAAGGGCUUUUGGCUGGGUCAGUCCCAAAAAAACAACAAGUUAUCAACAACACCUCGGGGACCGAAAAGCUCAACAUGUUAGGAUCUCAAACCAGUCAAUGAAAUGCUCACUUCGAGUGGUAUUUGUCUUAAUUGGAGUUCGAGGUCAAUUGUUAACAGCUACCUCCUAUUACUUAGAAGUCUGGAGCUAAGUUUAAACUUAAAGCUAGAUUUCUCUGGUGAAUUGAUCUUACCUUCUGCCUUGUUAAUUUUUUAUUAUUGUGUGUCACUUUAAGUGAAUUUUUAUAGCUGACCCACUGGGUCAUUUGUAGCUCACGAAAUAAAGUUAUGGUGCCAUUUUUGUGCUAUCCAAUAGCUGUAUCAGGGCCUUCAUAUCAAAAGAGUUUUUUUUUCCAGUGUUUAUUUGAAGUUACAGAGAAAUAUACUUGAUUUUCUAAUUACCCAAACCAAACCAAUCUAAAAUCACAUUUAUGGCCCAAAGGUAGCAGUAAAUUAUGAAACCAUUAAGAAAAGGGCUUUUAUUUAUGUGAGCUCAGAAGUAAUCACUCUUGUAAUGUACAGUAUGGCAUGCAGAGAUGUAUGGCUGUAUUCAGAGCUGAGUUAGUGUACCCCGUAAGGCUGGAGUUAGUACCAAAACUCUGCACCUCACUUUUCAGGCCUCACAUUCAUACAUCGAUUUAAGCGCCACUCGUAGCAGCUACGCCCCUAUAGGGUGGAGUAUCCCAAAAUAGUCUGUCUGGAGGUUGAAUUCCAGUACUUUUCCUUUGCACAAUAUCCAUUCUCAUCAGUAUCUGUAACAAGUCCCAUCGCCACUGCCUGUUAAGUUGUUGUAACCAUAAAAUUCAUGCCUGGGGUAACAUACACAAAUACAUACAUUUAAAAAAAACCUUUAUGUAUUGCAUUUAAGUGUUUUCAGGCCAAUUUAAUCAUCACUAUGUACACAAAGAUGCAGCUAUUUAUCAUGUAUAAACCAUCGUUCUUCCCUUAUAUAAAGAUCAUGGCCUGAUAUUGACGGUCCAACCUGCUUGCUCAUGUUCAAUGUCUUUUCAUUCAAAAUGUACCCAGCCACUAAUGUUCUCCCCAUGUCUUGUGAUUGAAUAUUGAGUGCACAGAAGGGAAAGAAUUUUUAGACCUCUAAUGGGUGUUAUGGAUCAACAGUGCAUUCAGAGCUUUUUCGCUUUGACAAACAAGCCAUCGUUCAGCCAUCAUCAGGCUGAAGAGUUGCUGCCUUGAUGUGACAUGUGACCAAACUUCCAGAAAAGUAUAGGUACAAACAAUGAGCUGUAAUAUUCUACAGUGAAUUUGAUAUUUAAUUACUAUGUCUGAUGCAGAAAGAAAUUCAAUCUGUGCAAUUUAAGGUAAAUGUUUGUUUUAAUUGAAUAGGCUCUGUGUAUUGGCAAACCUGAAUCCCUGAAAACACAAGACAUUGUAGGCUCCCCCCACCUUUCUUCAAUUUUUACACCUAAAUUUCCCAUGUAAGUCACCAGCUCUGAAUACAGCUCAUUGGGACUCAAUAGUAUAAUCAGUAGUAACAAUAGUGUAAUACCUUUUGUAUGUUCUGUCAGUGUGUUGUGCUGUAAUCCCAUGAAAACUACCUUAAAAAUUCUGAUCUUGCUUUAUUUUCAUUUAUCACAGAACAUUUGUAACAAUAUGGAAACUCAUUUGAGAGAGACAAGUGUGAUGUUAAGAUAAUUAACUUCUGCUUACUACGUUUGAUAGGCUGCAUCAGCCACUGCAGUGCUAAUGCUAGACAGAAGCUGCUUAGAUGCAAUGACAGGGAACUUCCAUGAGGGCUACAACUGUAGAGUGACGGUUGAUCCGGGAACCCACUAUUUGUCUCAGUGUACAGAUGUAAAUGUACAGUAUGUUAUAUUUUUAUUGCCACUCAUUUACCUCUUUUAAAAAAAAUACUCCCAUCACACGUCAGGUCUUGUAAGUAAGCAGGCAGUCAGUUUGUAUCUACAGUACAUAGCCUUGACACAAGCACCAAAGUUGUGAUGUUAAAACUUUCCUUUAUAUACAUUUGAUAACACCAAUUUACUGAUGCGUAUAUAUUCACAUUCCAAAUAGUUACUCACCUUUUUAUUUGGAUUGUUAAAAAUAAUUUAUUCACCUUCAAACCUAAUCUCAGAAUUGUUCUGUUUUUCAAACCAACUACAUUUGUAAAAUGUAUGCUCAUUGUAUGUAUUUGAGCCGUGUAGCGACGCCCCCACAACCCAGCGUGUGUGUGCAUGUGCAUUUUUUUUCUGUGCAUGCCUGAUUUUCUUUGUGUAUUUGUGUGGAGACAGAGCAAAGAGGGCCAGUACAAAUUGCCACUUGAGUAUUUGUGCAAUAUGAUGAGGUUAACUUGUAUGUAAUGUCUAUUUGUAGUUUGUUUUUUUAAUCGUGUAAUUUUAAGUGUUGUAUGAUAUUCUUACUUUGAACCAUUUUUCUUACCUGCUUCGUUCUGUUAUGUAUUUGAAAAACUGGGACAAUUUCUAAUCAAGGCACUUAUCAACUGCACAACAUUUGUUUUAUAUUGUAAUCUUUGUUUUUAUUUUUUUUUUAUUCUCACACAGAUUACAGUUGCAAUUGCAUUGUACUCACAGACAGUGCGUGUCACAUCGCAUGUCACGGACAGUGCAUUUGGUCUGUUGGUUUUACCCCUGUUUGACUUUUGCCCUCGCUGGUAAGAUUCCCUCUGCAGUCCAAAAACACAGCAUAUCUCUGCUGAUGCUGACAUCCUGACAUUGUAUUGUGUUCUUUGUAUUAUCUUCAGUGGGUGUGUCGGGGAAGAGCAUUCAGAAGUCUGAAAGACAGCAUGUCUCACCAUAAAGUAGCACCCCCAGUUAAAUAGGCAACACUCUGGCAGUUUUUAGAGAACAUUCAAACUUAACAAAGUGAAAAUGCAGCAAAUGGAUGCAAUAUUAGACAUAUUUUUCUUCUUAUUAUUCUUUUUUCCCCUCCCAAACGUCAGAUAUUCAGGGAUACCUGUGUUAAACCAGUCCCAGUGACUGUCUCGCACUGACAGUGAAAUCAGACAGGCUGUCAGUUAAUUCACUCGUUAACCCUGCAAAUCUCUUCGUUACCUCUGACUGCAGCUUCCUCCUCCUCAGACACAGUUAAAGAAGUAUGUGCGAGACUAUGUGUGCAUAUACAUAGUAUAUGUAUGACAUUUCUGUAUGUGUGUGUGUGUGUAUAUGUGUGUGUGUGUAGGUGUACAAUAGACACUAUACCUACAUUGAGAGGAUUCUUCCUCCAGUCUCUUAACAAUGUCCAAAGUCUGAACUCUUACCAAAAAACCUGAAGCCUGAACAACAUGUCAGAAUGUCUGUUUUGAUUUUGUAAAGUAUAAGUUGCAGUGUUAUUUUUGUGCUAGAGUGGGCAGCCUUUAACCAUUUAAAAUGGGUCCCUUUGUUGAGAUAGUAUUCAACUGAUGUCAUGUAUUUUUAUAUUGUCUCUGAAAAAAAUAUCUGUUUUGUCUGGAAUUAUCUUAAUAAAGUGAAUAUGACAAACCA